AUGAUGAUACCUUUUAAAGGUAAAAGUAAUUUAAAACAAUACAUUCAAUCAAAACCGAAAAAGUGGGGGUUUAAAAUAUGGGUACAAGCAAAUAGCAAUAGAUACGUCAACUGUUUCGAACCAUAUCAAGCAUCUAUUCAAGAUCGAAGCAAAUAUGGUCCAAUAGGUGAUUCUGUUCUGAACUUAUGUCAUGCAUUGCAUGGUAAAAAUCAUAAGUUGUUCAUGGACAAUCUUUUUACUUCAUUGCCACUUAUAAGACAAUUACGUUUCUUGAGUAUAUGGGUUAUAGGAACGGUCAGAAUUAAUAGAAUUGGUCAAAUACAAACUUCUAUAGUACCAGGUAAAAUGCUUCAACGAGGUUCUUGUACACUGGAUACGUCAAAAGACAAUAUAACAGUUCUGCGCUGGAUAGAUAAAAGAGAAGUUCAUAUGAUUUCUUCGUAUGCUGGCGCAGAACCAUUUGAUGAAAUAUUACGUUACGACAAGAAAGAAAAACAAAGAUACCAAUUACUAGAACGUUUUGUAUUCAAGAAUACAACAAAUGUUUGGGAGGUGUGGAUUUCAUGGAUCGUCUUAUAUCUCACUAUCCUCACGGCUUUAAAAACAAUAAAUGGUACCUUCGAAUAUUUUUUCGAUUUUUGA